AGUCGAGGGCGUGCGAGGAGACGAGGAUUGAUUUGCUUCACCUUACUAGGAAGUGAGUGUCCGGGAAGGGAAGGGGAGGGACUCCAACGACAAGUCCCGGGCGCGUCUCUGCUUCCUAUUUAGCUGCAGCGGGGCUCUUUUUUUCUCUUUCUUAUUUCAAUCCCCCCACCAAAAAAAGAAAAAAAAAAUAGCGAUCCUGCGCAGUUUUCGCCACCUUUAGUCACGUUACUAAGCUGCUCCGGCGCCGCGCUCGGCGCAGCUCCGCCCGGCCUGGUGCGCAGGGAGAGCGGCGCGGCGGCUAACGGUGCAGCCGUCCGCCCACUUGCCCGUGAACUUUGCCACAUUUCGGAGCCAUGUGCAGCCCGCUGCGCGCGCGGAGAGCCCUCACGGCGGUCAGCUGGGGGCGCAGAGGCGCAGACGCACUUUCCGGAGUUCGCUCGGUGCCGAGGCGCCUCAUCAUCGACACGUCCUACUCCGCGCACUUCAUGGAUUUCAAAGGAUCCUCCAUACCGAGCAGCAUGAAGAAGCUGGUCGUUCACAAGCUGAGUCCCAAUUUCCGGGAGGCCGUGUGCGCGCGCGCCGUCGCCGUCCCGACCCCCGCGGACACCGAGCUGCUCGUCAGGAAUCGCUUCAUUGGAAUCAACGCCUCUGAUAUAAAUUACACUGCCGGCCGCUACGACCCAUCAGUGAAGCCUCCUUUCGAUGCCGGCUUUGAAGGCCUUGGAGAAGUGGUCGGCCUCGGCCUCAGUGCCAGCUCCUCCUUCACCGUCGGGGACACCGUCGCCUACUUCGGAAGCGGCGCGUUCGCCGAGUACACGUUGGUUCCGGCCAAGGAGAGCGUCCCUGUCCCCUCGGUGAGGCCAGAGUUCCUCACCCUCCUGGUGAGCGGGGCUACGGCUUACAUCGCCUUGAAGCGCUUGGGGGACCUUGCCAAAGGCCAGACGGUCCUGGUCACAGCGGCUGCAGGAGGAACAGGACAGUUCGCCGUCCAGUUUGCCAAGCAGGCCGGCUGCCAUGUCAUUGGGACCUGCUCGUCGGACGAGAAAGCGGGCUUCCUUAAAUCCAUCGGCUGCGACAGACCGAUCAACUACACCACUGAAGAUCUGGCCAAGACGCUGAAGAAGGAGUACCCACAGGGUAUAGACGUGGUGUACGAGUCGGUGGGAGGCAGCGUCCUGGAGCUGGCAGUCAACAGCCUGGCCAAUAAGGGGCGGCUGAUCAUCAUCGGCUUCAUCUCGGGGUACCAGACCGCAUCCGGGAUCCCACCUUUCAAAGGGGGAACGCUGCCGGUCAAGCUGCUCCAGAAGUCGGCCAGCGUUCGGGGCUUCUUCCUUCCCCACUUUCUCGGCGACUACAAGGAGGCUCUGGGCAGCAUGAUGCAGAUGUUUGCCAAGGGGAAGCUGGCGUGUGAGGUGGACUGUGGGGAUCUGACAGCAGAGGGGAGAUUUGUAGGCCUGGAGUCCGUUUUCCGGGCCGUGGAUUACAUGUAUGCGGGGAAAAACCUGGGCAAGGUGGUGGUGGAGUUAACACCACCACCCAGUAAUACUAGUAAACUGUGAUUUAAGUGAGCGCCAAAGUAAUCAAACUAAGCUAAAACAGAAUGUUAUGACUGAUAGAAAUGAUCAAAUCCAUGAAAGAAUCAACACUUGCACUGUAAAAAUGAUUUUCGCGCUACUAUGUAGCCACAAGGAGGUCCAAGUCUGAGUCUCCCUGUGCCGGUCCCCAGCCCGGAUAAAAUAAAGGGUUGAGUCGAGAAGCAUAAAAACCACCUGUGUGAAUCGGUGAAAGCUGAUUCGCUGUGACGUGAUAAGCCAAAAGGUAAACAAACAAACAUGAAAUCAACGAUUUACCAUCACUCGGUUCAGAAUGAACCGUUAAACCACACUUAUCUGCACCGUAAGAGUCCACCGCUGAAAUGAUUUUAGACUCACCAGCACAAUGUGCUCGCCUUUAGCACUCUCAAGCACUUUAUCUACCAUAAAUGUUUUAUGAUAGACUUCAUUGUUUCUCUAAUAGGGGCUUACGUCGGUGCAAGCCUGUCAAAAGGGACUGCCGCUCCAGGUGCGCUUGGCAUUUCAGCGCCUGUUUGUGGCUGACAGAAACGACAUUCACACAAUCAAUCUUUUCAUUCACACACCCUCAAGCUGCACAUAAUAUUAAAAAAAAGAAAAAUUAGUCUGCUAAGCAAGAGUUAGACCAGAACAUGUCAUUAUUUUUUUUCCUUACCUGGAGAGGAGAAAACAAGACGUGGAAUAAAUGUUUUAUAAGAUAUUCUUUUUUUCUUUUAGUAAAAAAAAAAAAAUCAGACAUGGAUUCAAAAAAAUUAAAUAGAUUGAAAGCCCAUCUAUAACAGGACAAUGUCAAAGCAGGUUGUUCUUUAUUAGUGUGCGGACUGUCAUCUAAAACAAACACCUGUUCCGUCCUGGCAGGGAGGGCCAUCCUCUUCAUGCACGAUGAACACGUUAUUUCCUCAUCCAGGUGGCUGCUGAAAAUAAAACCCAGCGUGAAACACGUUACAGGUGUGACCCCAGCAUGCAAAGCUGCUGCCCCCACCAGACGGCGCAGGAAGUCAGCGCACUGGAAGGUGUCAGAGAACCCAAAGUCUCUGUCGAAUACUGACAGCUGCCAUGUUUGAGCGUGGACGUGGGGAUGACUUUCACAAUAAAAGCCUGUCAGAAAUAAGGUAUCAGCUGAUCGGGGCGAGAGAUAAUCCCUGAUUUCAGCCUUUAAGAUUAGGCAAAAAUAGUGUUAGAUGAUCAAUAAAAUGUAAUUAUAAAAAGGUAUUUGUAAGAAAACGGUACAUUUUAUGAUAGUUGAUGGCUUUGAAGACUGCAGAAAACUUUUCAAAAUAAGAUGCAUUCUGUCAAUCCAAAAAAUUAAAAAAAACAUAGUUUGUCCUAAAACAUUUUUCUUGCAUUUCUGCUCAUUCUUUUUUAAUGUCCUUUAAUUUCUCCUAAAAUUGGCAACAUCUUUAUUUUUUUAAAAUCCAUAAAACUAAUAAUAGUCUCAACUAUUACACUACAAUUUGACUCUGUGGGUCAUAUAUAAUUAUUUGUAUGAGUUUUGUUCAUCUUUGUGGCUAUUCUACGCCCUUAAUUGUGAUUACCAACUGGUUUGAAAUGUGUGCUUCAUGAGAACGUUAUUAUGGGGAAGCCUUUAUUCAUUUGGGUUUGUUUUGCUUACUUUUCUGGAAGUUUUGUGGUUUAAUCAGAUGCAACCUCCAUGUUUGUUUUGAGAAAGUUUUUUUUCUGGCAUUAUUGCCACAGAGGCUAAUUUUUGAAUUUCUCUUCCAAGUUGUUUCACUAUUUUCAUGCAUCUGAGAUGUAAAUGUUAGCAGUUUGAAGCUUA